CGUAUUCGCGACCGGCAUUUACUGCAUUCCAGAAAAAUGGCCGCACCAUAUCAACUUCGCUGUCAAAUAUUUGGUCAUUCUAAAGAUGUCAGAGCAGUGACUCCGGCUAUUAUUCCUGAAAAUGCUGUUGUUUCUGGGUCAAGAGAUGCCACUGCUCGAGUUUGGGUUGAAGAGGAGGAUGGUAAAGGCUAUCGUGAGGGUCACUUUAUGAGUGGACACAAGAACUUCGUAAGCAGUGUCUGUUGUAUGCCUCCUGAUGAUAAAUAUCCCCAUGGCCUCAUCUUUACGGGCAGCAAUGAUAACACCAUCCUGGCCUUUACACUGGACUCGCCACAACAUAUCUUCCAGUUGGCAGGACAUUCUGGCACUGUGUGUUCCAUGGCGGCUGGCAAGUUUGGUACCCUACUAAGUGGCUCCUGGGAUAAAACCGCUAAGGUCUGGCUCCACCAAAAAUGCGUCAUGACACUGGAAGGCCACCAGUCUGCUGUGUGGGCGGUGGCUAUAAUGCCUGAGCAAGGCGUGAUGUUGACGGGAUCUGCGGACAAAACCAUCAAAGUGUGGAAGGCCGGCAAGUGUGAGAAUACCAUUACAGGUCAUGAUGAUUGUGUUCGAGGUUUGGCGGUUACACAGGGCUGCGAGUUCCUGUCUUGUUCCAACGAUGCCACUGUCCGACGAUGGCUUGUAACGGGAGAGUGCAUCGCUGUGUAUUACGGGCAUGAGAACUUCGUGUACAGCCUAGCAGUGUUGCAGAAUGGGCAGGAUUUUGUAAGCAGUGGGGAGGACAGAACGGUGCGUGUGUGGAAGGACGGGGAAUGCCGACAGACCAUUAACCAUCCUUGCCUGUCCAUAUGGAGCCUCUGUGUAAUGGCUAACGGAGAUAUUGUGUCUGGUGCUAGUGAUGGAAUCCUGCGAGUGUUCACCUGCGAUCCCGCCAGGUUUGCCUCAACAGAGGAGCUUAAGACGUACGAUGAGCAGAUAGCCCAGUCUCAGGUCCCCCAGGAUAUACGACCCGAGGAGCUACCAGGACUAGAGGCUCUCACCAAGCCUGGUGCAAAGGAAGGUCAGACUAAGAUGGUUCGCAAUGCGGAGGGUAAGGUCGAGCUUUAUGGAUGGGAGAGUGGAAUCCAGCAGUGGAAGAAGGUCGGAGAUGUUGUGGGAUCAUCUGGUGGAACUACGGCUUCGUCCGGCAAGACGCUUUAUGAGGGAAAGGAGUAUGACUAUGUGUUCAGCGUGGAUAUUGAGGAGGGGAAACCACCGCUAAAGCUGCCAUACAACCUAACUGAGGAUCCAUGGUUCGCGGCCCAGAUGUUCAUAGAGAAAAACAACCUCAGCCAGGCCUUCCUUGACCAAGUGGCAAACUUCAUCACUGAAAACACUAAAGGGGCUACUUUGACCCAGGGCUCUGGAGCUAGUUACGCAGAUCCUUUCACUGGUGGGAACCGAUAUGUUCCUGGCUCCAGUAGCUCCACGUCAACUGAAGGGGCCGAUCCAUUCACAGGAGGCGGGAGGUAUAUCCCUGGGGGUAGUUCUGCCCCAAGUGCUGGAGGUGGGGGAGGCGGGGCAGACCCAUUCACAGGCGGGGGGAGAUAUGUUCCAUCCUACAAUGGCGAACAGACUGGAACUGGAGGUGGAGGAGGUGGUGAUGUAUUUGUUGGAGCUUAUACAACAGGCACUGUCAACCCCAACCUGUCUAAGAGAAACGAGUUUUUCCCUAAAGAAACAACGCUCACAUUUGAUGCUGCCAACCCUGCUCAGAUUAUGGGGAAACUGCGGGAGUUCAACGGGACAGUUGAGGCUGGGUUGAAGGUAGAUGACAAACUCAUUGAAGGUCUUGAGGGGCUGCUUCACCGUGACCUUCCCUCAGAGGACAACCUCAAUACUCUACGGGCUCUUCUACUCUGGCCUAACAACUGUGUAUUUCCGGCCCUGGAUGUUCUGCGAAUCACCAUCAAGACGCAGGAGGUGAACGUGGCCUUUUGCGUGAAAGAUGACAUUCUCGCUGCCAUGAUGAAGUUCUGGACACCCGAAAACAGCGUGCCCAACCAGGUCCUCAGUCUCAAGGUCGUCUGUAACAUGUUUGCGCAGCCCCAGGGGUUUAAACUGUGCAUGGACAACCGCGAGAAGAUAGUCAACUCCGCGAUCGUUAUUAAAGAUUCUAAGAACAAGAAUGUUCAUAUCGGCCUUGGGACAUUAAUUCUGAAUUUCUCUGUUGCUUUGUUUGGCUCGCUGGAUUUGGAAGGAAAAAAGAAGACUUUACAAGCAGCAUCAGAGUGUUUGAAAUCCAAGCCAGAUCCUGAAGCAGCAUUUAGAUUAUUCAUCGCCAUGGGAACACUAAUUCAUAAGGAUGAAAAUAUACAAAAGCUGGCUAAAAGCCUCGGAAUCGCAAAUAUGCUCGGAGAUUAUCUUAGAGUAUCUGAGCCUGCAAAGAUCUCAUCUUGUGCAAAUUUUAUGCAGGAUCUCUUACGAUGAAUUGAAAACUCAUCAAAUAUGACUUGAAGGUGGAUUGUAUGUAUGCAAUUAAACUGCUAAGACAUUGGUACAUGCAUAUUGGCAUGUCAAGUUCACUUUUCAUCUAGCUAACGUUAUUUGAAUUCUUUGUUCAGCAUUUGUUUUCAUCGUUAUUGAGUUCAAUAUGUGUUAAAGCUACACUCUCACAGAUGGACUGUUUAGACAACCUUUUUAUGUUUUGUUUUGAAAUGAGCAAACUUUUGUGUAAAUGUCUGGAAACCAGUGAUUUAAAGUAAAUGUCAAAAGGUCGCAGUUUUUAAUAUUUAUGUUCAAAAAUGGGUGUUUUAUGGCUAAAAGCGUUACUAACAAAUGCUUUCAAAAAAAAUGGAAUUUUGGGCAGUUUUCCAAGCAAUUGAGAUCUGUUGUAUUGUGAGCUAUCUCAUUUGACCAAAUUGAAGGCAUUGAUGACAAAUUGAGCUGAUUCUGAGACCAAAAAAUAAAAAAAGUUGUCUAAAGUUGUCUAAUUGGUCAAUCUGUGCGAGUGCAGAUUCAAAUGGAAGAAAAUGUGAUUGAUGUGAUUUAAAAUUGAAGUUGAAUCAUUUGAGAAUACACUCGUUCACCAUUUCUUAUAAAAAAAACUAAUCUGCGUUCUCUAAGUUGUCUGCAUCGAGCAAUGCAUAUCUUGAUUUCCUUAAGUAUUAUCUGUCGUGCUCUGCUUCAUGAAAAAUUUCUAAUUUACAUGUAUAAAAGAUUUAUAGUUUACUUACCAGUUCUUCACUUAUUUAUAUGUUCACAAAGCUUACUUACUUAAAGCUCUCGUAUGAAUCAGAAAUAACAGAAAACCUCUCAGACGACAUGGAAAUAACAGAGAAAGCUUUUAGACAACAAGCUUCCAGACAAUAUAGAAGGAACAGAAAUAGUUUACCUCAAAGACAAAAAUAACAGAAAAAUUUGCAGACAGCUGAUAUUUGGUUCUGUGAAGUUUUUUAGCAUGUAGUAACUUAGUUUUGUAUGAAAUAAAAUUGAAACUAACAUUAAACCAGUAAAUUAUU